AUGGAACCGAACGAAGAAAGCACAGCAGCCAAAACGACGUCCAAUCAAUCGUCCAGCAGGACGAGUUAUGAGUGUAAAACAUGCCGCAAAACGGUCUACUCCAAGUCGCACAAACAGUUUCACGAUGAAAUCCACCGUACCACCCGGCAUGCGUGUGUUCGCUGCGGAAAAAGCUACAUGCACAAGCGAGACCUGGAGUUGCAUCGAAAAACGCAUGACGCAUCAGGCCGGCACUACUGCACCCGGUGCACGGCCAGCUUUGAAACGGACGAGCAGUUGCAGGCGCAUAAAGAAACUAAGCAUACAUCGAAGGAAAAAUUUGCUUGUAAACAGUGUCCGCUGCAGUUUACACUGAAAGGCAAUCUUAAGAAGCACCUAGUGGUGCACAACGGGAACCGGUCGCACGCGUGCACCGAGUGUGAGAAAACGUUCCUACGUCCCAACGCCCUAAAGCAUCAUAUGCUGAGCCACCGUGUGAAGGGAUACCAAUGUAAGUCCUGUGGCAAAGAGUUCAUCGAUGCGCGUAACUUGGAACGGCAUCUCAAGACACACUCCAAUUUGAGGGGCUACAAGUGCGCCAUAUGUGGUGUGUCGAGUACGCGAAGGGAUAAUAUCGUGCGACACGCAAAAAGCUUUCACCCGGAAGGUGACUUGAAGCAAGUCGUGUUGGCGAACGGAAGCAUCAGCGGGGGCCACGUGGAAGCAAUAAAACGAGAAGCGCAGAAGAGCGCCAAACCGUCGCCAAUGCCCGUGCAAACGAAUCGCAUCAGUGUGAUACAGAUUGUUGGGACGCCAAAAACACCGAUCGACGUGCCGAAGCAGCCCACGCAUACCGAAGAUCGGACGAAUUCAAACGAUACAAGCUCGACGAGUGAUCCGAUGGUGGUGGCCGGCUCCCCAGGGGUUGCCGCUAGACAGGAAGUAUCAAAAUCGAUGUUCACGACACGUCUUGACAAUCUUGAAAUCUAUCGAAAGAUCUUAAAACCAGCCACUACGCACAGCAGCAGCACCGCCACCGGCAAUGGUAGUAGCAAUAGUAUCAACAGUAGUUACAUAAGUACCGCACAAUCGGAAGCAUCACAGCCGAGCGAUAGUAACCACAACAUGUCGCUAUACCCUCCCAGACCGACUCAGGUCGAGAUCGCGCCAAAUGCAUGCAAACAAAACGCACAGCCAGAUGGUCGCAGCAGCAUCGAUGCUGGUAUUGGUAUCAGGCCGAACACCAACGGCGGCGGUGGUCUAGGAUCUAUAAAUAAUUUCUGUGAGGUACAUUGGCGUAAACGCACCUCGCAGCACUUUAUUACUAGCAGCAAGGCGGCACAGGGCACCGAUUGA